UCAGGUACUGAAGACAUGUUCUCAAAUGCUGUGGAAAUUAGGGAAGAAUUAUCAGGAAAGUCCCCAGAUAAUUUUUUGGGCUCCAGUCUGAAAAAUCAAGUUAAGCCCCAUUUUCCAUUCAUCAUGAAUAAUAAUUAUGCCACACAGCACAGAGCUACAAAUGAUUUGUUGAUACUGGAGGCUGCCCAGACCCCGGUUUAUGAAAGUCUUCCUCCGACAUCUUUGCAGAGCAAUUCAUCCCAGGGCAAUUUCUACAGGAAUACACAGAAGGAAAUAUCAAACCUGGAGUCAACAGAAGUUGGAAAAAGAGCAAUGGGAAAUAGCUCGAUUUCAGGUUAUUUUAGAAAUACCACCCCUUCAGGAGGAGAGGAAGAUAAUAGAGGAGAAAAUGACCUCAACAUGAAACAGAAAGAUAAUAGCACUUUGUACAAUAGGGAACAUGAUCCAAUCCUAAAGGAAUUUUUAAAGGGCAAUGUUGAAACAAAGCAGCUCCUGCAAACAUUCCCGUUGAUGGACAGCAACAUGCUAAAGAUUAUGGAACUUGGAGGAUAUUCUUUGAAUGAUAGGACAAAGACACCAAUGGAGAGCUACUUAAAAUCAUAUCACAAAAGACUCCUAUCACGGUGCCUUCGUGCUUGGCACAAUUCCACGCAACAGCGCCACGCUUCAGCUAUGUCGCUGCAGAAACGCCAGUUACUGAGGAAAGGGUUGCACGCAUUGCAUUGGGCUGUGCAGUUCACCCAAAUGCAGAAGCAAUUUCUGGAGAGAAGGCAAUACAGACGAGUCCUGGUUUAUUAUUUUAAUCAAUGGAGAUGUGCAGUAAAUGCUCGCCAAUGCCAUCUGAUAACUGAAGCUCCAAAUGCAGUCAGCAAAUCCUGUUCUGUUCACCCGGGGAUGUUGGCCGCACUGCAGCAGCUACUUGGGAUGAACAUUUACAGAUUCUGGCCGAAACAAUGCAAGCGUUUACAACAUGAGGAUGUACAGUCCCCGAGUUUAUCUGGUUUACGUGGCAAGGAUUGCUUUGAGGCACAGGCACGGUUUCUUGCACAGGAUUGUGCCUCCCAACACACCUUGUUCAGGAAUCAUGCUGAGAAUUUGGAGAGUUGCUUCCUACAUUGGCGCACACUAUUACACAUAAAACGUGGGAAGAGAGUGGAUAUUCCGCACCUAUUUCAACUGUGCCAUGCAGAGGUGCAGCAACAAACUACAGCUGUUAGUUGUCAGAGUUAUGGGAAAGAUAAUGACCACAACAAAAAUGAAAAAUAUGGAAUGUCUCUUCAACUGGAUGAUGUUCAUUUAACUCACGAAGAGCUGCAUUCACAUGGCAGUGUUCGCCUUGAACAGUCAUCUCAGCCGCAAUUCCAGGAUGAUAGAGAGGAGCUGCACAAACUUCAAAUAGCUAAGAUCGCAUCAUGGAACCAAUUGCAGGAUGCUCUGAAACUCUGGCCUGAAGAAUUCUUCAAACCAUGUCUGCAAGGAUUCUGUAAAUACUUGCCUCUGCGGGACAGCACUGUUGCACUGGGUGACGAAGAACUUGACUGCAGCUCACUUGAACAGAGCACUCUGCAGUACGGAGCAAGACCAGCAAACAGACCUGGCCUGGAGCGAGCAGGAAAGUGGCUACAGUGCAAAUUGGAGAAGCAUCUGGUUGAAGAGCAUCUGAUGCUCUGGGCUGCACGGGUACAGCAGGCGGAUCAGUUUCACAGGCAGACCCUGCUGAUGCGAGUACUUCUAAGUUGGAGCAAGUGGGGGCAGACCCGCCAGAGACAUCGGGAAUUGGUUGCUGGGUUUUCUUUUGGCCGGCAGCGUCGAGUUGUGCUGACUCUUUGGAAAAUACGUUUAUUACAAAAGCAUGAAGCUGACAGAAGAUGCAGAAAGGUGCUGUGUUGGAAAACUCGAGAGGCAAUGUCCCAGUGGCACCAAUAUACAGAGAAGCGAAAGCAAGUCCAGGAUCUCCAGGCUUAUUUCCUUUCUGUUCACACACUGAGGGUGAAGCUUUUGACUCUUCAGACCUGGAAGCAGAAAGCAGAGACACAGAGAAAUGUGAAGAUAAUGGCAGACAUGCAGGUGCAAAGAAGAUAUCUGCAGGCUUGGCGCUGUGCUGCACUUCAGAAAGAGAAGAUGUGGCAGAGGCUGUGGACAUUUCAAACUGUACGGAACCAACAGGUCCUGUUAGGGGCUUUUAGUCAGUGGAGGUAUCACUUGGAGCUGCAGCACUUCUCAGAGAGUCACAGGAAAUUUAGAGCAGCACGGAGAGUUAUUCAGUGCUGGAGGCAGAGGACAUUACUACAGCAGGCUGUGAGGCAUCGAGCUACAAUCCUCAUUCAAACAUUGUUCAGCAAUUGGAAAGAAGCUAUCAGAUUAUCCCAGCUGUCCCAUCAGAUUGCUAAUAACAUUAAAAUGAGGCAACUGAGGCUGCUGCUGCUCGCCUGGGCCAAAUUGGUAAAAGAGCGAAAGGAUGAGAGCGUGAGGCAGAAGAAGAUGAUUUCUGCAUCACAGCACCAACAGAAGCAGACUGCUUUUUAUCAGAUGGCAACAUUAUAUCAGAAACAAAAAGGGGCCGCUUUGUUCUACCAUCUAACUUUACUUCGCAGGUGCCUUCUCACUUGGGUUGGAAAUGUACAUCUGCAGAAGCUCUGGGCAUUGACUGUAUCAGCACAAGCUUCACUGUUGCAGCUUAACUCCGCAUUUGCGAUCUGGAGAACUCAAUUGCACUUUCAACGUAAGAUGGCCUUGUUUGUGCAAGGACAGACUAAGCAAAUCCUGCACAAAGCACUGAUAACCUGGUACAGCGAGUUGCAGGCACUUAGAUAUCGUGCCAGAUACGUGUCUCAGAAAUUUGUGUCACGAUGGAUUGUUCUUGUGAGGGCACGGAAGCAGCGGGACGCAGAGGAAUCUCGUGCGGAGGAACACCACAGGAAUCACUCAUGUAAGCUAUUUUUUAAGAACUGGCGGAACCAAACAUUCCUACAGCAGUUCCUCGAGGAAAAAAGGGUUGAGAAGCUUCAGGAAAUCUGGAAACAGUGGAAGAACUUCACUACGAGCAAGCUAGUGACUAGGGGACUGUAUGAGCAGAGGCUGGAGGUGAAGGUGUGGCAGUUGUGGCGUAGACGGUUUAUACAGAUGCAGGUGUCACAGGCGUUUGCAGCCCAGGACAACAGGAUCCUGAUGUUGGAUGUUUUCACUACUUGGUACAGAUUGGCGUUUGGAAAACAGAGUGACCCAUGAUGUUGGUGAACCUCAAGCUCACUCCUAGUACAGAUUUGAGCUUCUCACUGUGUUUGCUUGUGGAGAUGUACAGUGUUGACUAUCAAAACCCUUGUGUCCACUGUCGGUCUAUUCCUGUCUGUCAUUUGGUAAGUUAGCAUCCCAUUGGACAGGUCGGAGAUGGUACAUUUUCUUAGGCAUGCUCUGAGAAGAUCCUAACUUCAUGCUUUGUAAUAUGCUGGUAAUUAACCUGCAUGCAACAUCACAAAAACCAGGGUUGGGUUCGGUGACCUUGUGAGCUUACCCAGCAUCAUUCUCAGUUCAUGGCACUGAGAAUUCCACUGAGGAGAAUCUUGUGGUUCAAAAUGUAAUCGAUUUAAAAUUAUACAUUAAAUGUCUGUGUUUUCUCUCCACUCUCACUUGCAGAACUUAUUGUGGACUUUUAUCUAUCAGCAUCUAUUUUUGAGAUGCCUUUAACGAGUUAUACUUGGGGCAUGUUUCCUUAUAAAACUUACUCUAAAUUAGUAGUUUCUGUGCAUUUAAGUAUUUGUAUUUCUAUUUCCUCUGUUUUAUUUUGAUGGAUUAAUGGAUAUUAUCCAGUAUUUGGGGCUUUUUACUUAUUUUUUCAGUAUUCAGUUUUGAAUACAUUUGAUUAAAA